AUGAGUGAAGAGAAGCUCGUCUUAAGAAGCAGCUUUAGCGGAGACUGUUACUACCAUGGAAACUACGGUCAUGGAGCAUAUGGAGAGUAUUUGGAGAAGAGACAGCUGUUUCUCAGGAGCUACCAGUUCUCAAGAAAACAGAGCUUCACUGAGAAGGUUACGAGAUCCGCGAGGAGAGUUAAGAGGUUUGUAUGGACGAGGUUGAGAUCAGCUAGGAGGUUGAAACGUGUUGUCUGGUCACGAGUCAGAACGGCGUUUUUCUACCGCCGGAAACGUUUUUUCCGUUUACUUCACUUACACGACGAACCUUCUUACUGCUUCUAAAGGUUUUAGAUUUGGCUGAACUCAUUCAGUUGUUGUUGUUUGUUCGGUCUUUGAUUAUGUUUUGUUAUGCUCAAAU